UCUUGAACUAGCUAGCUAGAUACUAGUAUACUCCCCUCAUCCUACUCCCCUCUCAACCUUCCAAGGCCCUGCCUCCAAAACGCCAUCAACCCUUCCAAAACGUUGUCCAUGUGGAGCAAGCAUCAAGUCGUCCUCUUCCUCCUGUUGGGGUUGCAAGCCGUGGUCAACGCCUUUGUCAUUUCGAUCAACUCGCAGCUUUCCAACCACCAAUCAAGCAGAUACCCCUCUGUUGUUUUGCACUCAUCAUCAUCAUCAUUGGCAAAUUCCAAUAAUAAUGUUCCUCAUCAUCAUGUCGUACGGGGGAUUGAAUGUAUCGAAGUGCCGAUGGAUAUUCCAGAGAUUGGUCGUGUGGUAGUCCUAGAAGCCACGGCAGAAGCACAAGAAGUCCUGGUCAAUUUGGCCCUGGAAGACGACGAGAAACCAGGUACUCCAUGUAGUGAAAGCCAAGACGCGGCAUCUCUCCAAUCGGGGGAUCCUUACGGCGCGGUAUUAUGGCCUGCAGCCUAUGCGAUUGCGGCGAGAAUAUUACAAGAUCCGACGUAUCGCACAGAGUUGCCCCAGAUGACAGUCUUGGAAUUGGGAGCCGGUACAGGGUUGGUGUCACUGUCGUUGCUCUUGGCGGGAACAAAGCAUGUCAUUGCCACGGACUAUGAGUCAAUUCCUCUGGAGCUGUUGGAAUACGCAGUCGACAAACUCAAUAAUAAUCCAAACACGGACAACAAUCAGCAGCAGCAGCAAGAAUUUUCCAUCACAUAUCAACUGUUGGACAUGAGAGACCAUGCAACACCCUUACCGACAGCCGAUCUGGUAGUGGCAGCCGAUAUCAUGUACGAGCCAAAGACUGGAAGAGCCAUGGCCAAAAGAGCCGUCGAAGCAUUGCAGCAAGGAGCUCGUGUUCUGGUGGGGGAUUCACCGGGGCGACCUGGAAGAGGUGCUUUUCUAGACGAGCUACAAAAUCUGGGAGUGGUAGGUGCCACAUUUGUGGAUACUGUGGGGUACACCUGUUCGGGGCCACGCCAUGAUCUUAUUUGUGGGAAGGAUUCCACUUCGGUUUCGGAAACACCGCAAGAACUACUCGUUGCCAUUAUGGAACUUGAUCCCAAAGUUCAUCUAUCUGCCGAGACAGUCAUAUCUGGAGAUUCAUCAUAGUGAUUAUUCUGGCUAUCUUGGGGUAAUCCAUGGGGCAGAUACCGCAUUGCUUACAUCUUUCUCAGAGAAAGCGGUGUUCUACACAUUUGUCAGUACAGUUACUCAGCGUCAACAGCUAUCUAUUCCAUCCACGUCAGAGAGAUGAUGAAGUUUCCCUGCUUCAACCUCCAACUUCCAUGUUUUCAUGAAAGCGUUGGCAUAGCCAUGGAGUUCACUCAUUUAGAUCCUACAAAGCCGUCGCACACCCUAAGGACGUGUGGCCGACUUCAGUUUCCUUUUGAAAGCGCCGUUCUAAACAGUAUGAAAGCCGCUAAGAGAAUUAUAUGGGUGCGAAACAUCGACCCAUGCAAAUUGAAAGCUGAUAUACCUACGGUAGUUGCGCCGCUUGUGCCGAUUAACAAUCGGUCCUUAAGAGUGCUUUCAUGUUGUGUUGUCGCUGACGGGUACAAAACCGACUCAGAUUAGGAUUUUCCGUCGUCUCCAUUGCAGGAGCUCAAAGCUCCCUUCAGAGUGUCUCCGCAUCAUUGGUUGUCGAGGACUUCCGAGUCUCAUCGAGGGAUGGAUGUUGGUCGCCAGAUCCGUUGUCCAGCUCUCGAGCUGUAGAUGGAUACUGGUGGCCCCAUCCACUCUCCAGCGAGUGAUGUCAUAUUCAUGCGUCGGAUCUAAGCCUUCACAUUCAUAUCCAGGUCGCCAUUCACCUCAAGUUCGUCCACCUCUGAGCUUUGCGCGCUGAUUUCGUAGGAAUAACUCCCUAGCUCAAAAUUGCCUCUGUGUUGAUCCGCAGCUGUCGUUUGAUGAGACCCUCCGAAAUAGAGCUUCAAGACUUCAUCAUCGAAUGUUUUCCAAACGCGCUUAAAGCCACGGAAAUUGUUGUUGCCUCGAUGUGGGCUGUAAGUGGCUGAACCAUUCAUUUCGUCAUCGCUUUCAUGGGCUCCAACUCGGGAACCCUGUUUCAUGCCAAAAUGUGUCAAAAUCUUUUCCGUCACACCUCCACAAACCACCGUGGUAAAUAUACAGAUAAAGAGUGUCGCCGUGGCGUACAAAUCUCUGUGAUUCCCUGGCAUGUUGGCUGCCAGAGCAAAGGCAAUGGCUCCCCGAAGUCCGGCAAACCAAAGGACGCACUGCAUUUUCAAUGGUAUUCUUUCAUUGCCCUCCCGGCAAAAGUUGGCAAGGUAGCUCAGGGGGAAAAUGUUGAAUAAUCGGCCCACCAGACACAACAGCAAUGCCGUGAUUGAAAAGCGGAAGUUAAAGUUGGCGAAUUUUCCAGUAAACACCACCAUGCCCAUGUAGACAAACACCAGUGUCUCGGUAAUCGUCGCCAGGGUAGAAAAGAUUUGUUCACUGGCCACAUGUGCCGUCGAGGACAGAUUGUAGGAGUUGUAAUGUGAUAGG